UUAGAAUUAUUCCUGUCAGCGGUCGCCUUCUUGGCGGUGAUCGCCAGUGUCGUUUCCCUCGACACGGGACUAAAAGCGAAUCAGUGUCUUUCGGGUCGAUUUUCGCCACACGAAUGCAUAUGUUCAUUAUAUUACGAGUGCAUCAACGGAGUAAUUUAUGAAAGAACUUGUCCAGCUGGUCAAGAGUUCGACAUGAACAAGAAGACAUGCGUGCCAGCUAAAGACGCGAUUUGCUACCAGCCGGACGAUCAAGUUUAUUGUCCACAAGAAGGCAACGCGGUCAUACCUGAUAAGAACAAUUGUGGCAGAUAUUACGAAUGCAACGACGGAGAAAAAACGGAAAAAGUUUGCAGCGACGGAUUAUCGUUCAGCGAGGAGCUGGGAAUAUGUACUUGGCCACCGAGCAUCGACUGCCAAGUGAAAACACGGGUAGCCUCACCUUUCUCAUUUAGCGAAGUGGAAAGUAAGAAAGGUUUGAAGUGUCCAGCGAAGGGACACGUGCGUUUGCCGCACGAAUGUCUCUCAACUUCGUAUUACGAAUGCAACAACGGGGUGAUGAUUGGUAAAGAAUGCCCGCAUGGGUUGAUAUACGAUUGUGUCAAGGAGGCUUGCGAUUAUCCAGACGCGGGUAUCUACGAGGAUCUAUGGUUGACGCAGAAAUUUGACUGUCCAUCAGAAUGUACUCCAAAUGGUAACAAACUUAUCCGUCACGAAACGAAUUGUUCAUAUUUUUACCGAUGUUCAGGAAAUCAGAAAAAAUUAGACAAAUGUAUCGUGGGUCGCUAUUUCAACUGUCUCCUUCAAACGUGCGAUCUGCCCGAGAACACGGAUUGCACAGAAGUCACGACCUAUCCACCGCCGACGACGACGAUAGAUACGGGCUGUCCAAGAUGCGAUUGCGGACUCAUUCGUUACUCUCACAGUGAUUGUUCCAUGUACUACGAGUGCGAGAACGGUGUUAAAAAGCUGAAGCAAUGUCCUACCGGCCUUUACUACGAUGGCGAAAGGAAGAUCUGCGAUUAUUUAGAGAACGUUAAUUGCACGAAGCCGGGCUGCAAGGAAGGAGAGAAGACGCCUCACCAAUGUCAAUGCGACAGAUACUACGUCUGUCAGAACGGAGAGAAAGUGGUCGAACUUUGUCCAUCCGGAAAGCAUUUCGACGCCGAUCGAAAGGUCUGCGACGACCCGGACAAGGCCCAUUGCCAACUUACGAAUAAUCAUUGCAUCGGUAAAUGUUCAUCGUCCUCCUCUACGGAGAAUCUCCCUCACGAGGACUGCAGGAAGUAUUGCAAAUGCAAUCAAGGGGUCUCCACGCCCAUGGACUGCCCUAAGAAUAAGAUCUACGAUACGGAGACGAAAUUAUGCCAAUUCCCGGAGAACGUGAAGAACCCGCAAUGCGAACCUUUCCCGUGCGACUCGAACACCCUGCUGCCGCAUCAGUGCUACUGCGACAGGUAUUUCCAGUGCAGGAACAGGACGAAGAUUCUGCAAUGGUGCGAGGACGGAAAGCACUUCGACUAUGAAACGCAGAGCUGCGUGCUCUGCAAAGACGCUCACUGUUUCGCCGCGAGGGUGCCCAGCCGUUUGGAAGGAUGCAAGCAGAGCUGCGCGUCGAACGUUCCCGGGAAAUUCAUCGCGCACGAGAACUGCGAGAAGUAUUGCACGUGCAACGAUUGCAAAGGCCAGAAGAUCAACGAUUGCCCGCCGUAUCGGUAUUACAAUCCGAAAACUGGUCAAUGCGACAGGCCCGAGAACAUAGUGGAUCUGUCCUGCGAACCGUUCCCCUGCGUUCCUGGCUCCGACGGUGAUUUGCCGCACGAGUGCGACUGUUCUCUCUAUUAUAGAUGCGAGAACGGAAAGAGGAAGGAAAGACACUGCCCCGAAGGAAUGAAGUUCGAUUACGACACAUUUACCUGCGUACAGGCGGGUGCUCAUUGCUAUUAUAAAAAUUCCUCUAGUAUCUAUAAUCUGGAGGGAAAGAAAGUAGGAUGCGUGCUCGUUCCAUCCGAUAUACCGAUCGUUCAAUGACUUCUGAAAACUGUAAAAAAUAUUUAAAUUCUAUAAUUACUUAGCUACAUGUUGUAGUAGAUCGUAGAGAAUACGUAUUUAGUUUAAAGCCUUUAUUCGCUGUUUAUUUUAAUUUAUUUUCUGUAUCGAAUUUAUGAUUAAACUUGACACGGCAUGACCCAUAAAGAGGGUUACUUUAUUUAUGAGAUAUUGUAUUACCAAUAAAGAAUGAUGAAUCAUUAUAAUAUUACUACCUUAUAUGUUAUUGCCAGUCAAAAACUAGAAAUAUAAGUAUAAACUUUCACACUGGUAAGACCUCUUAAGGGACACAAUCCUAGACAAAGUACUAUAGAUAUCUUAAUGAAACUUGAGAAACAUCUAAAUAGAUUCUUUUUGAACACGUCUCUCAAGUUUCGUUCAAUUCCGAAUAUGAUACAUCUUCCAAGUUUCAAGUUCCUAAUUGGGGCUAAUCGUUGAUGACUCCGUUGCCUUUUGUACAUUAAGAUUCUCAGAAUAAUUGUAAUA